AUGCCAGAAGGCAACAAGAUUCCCCCUUCGUAUUAUGUAGCUAAGAAGACAUUUAAGAAGAUUGGUUUGACAUAUGAGAUGAUAGAUGUGUGCACAAAUGAUUGUGCUCUCUUUUGGAAAGAAAUCGAGUCCUUGCAAAAUUGUCCCGUUUGUAAUGAGAGUCGAUGGGUCGAUAAAGACACAAAAGGCACGAAGGUGGCUCGUAAGGUGUUACGAUACUUUCCUUUGACGCCUAGACUACGACGUUUGUAUUGUUCAAGGCACACAGCGAAAGAUAUGAUAUGGCAUAGUACCGGACGAUCGGAAGAUGGGACUAUGCGUCAUCCAGUUGAUGGAUCUGCAUGGCAAGACUUUGAUAAAAAGUACCCAAACUUCGCGAUGGAGCCACGAAAUGUUCGCUUAGGGCUUGCAGCUGACGGUUUUAAUCCCUUUAACACCGGUAGUGGAUCCUCGACUCAUAGCACGUGGCCGGUUAUACUCACCACAUAUAAUCUGCCUCCCUGGCUAUGCAUGCGAGAGUCCACAUUCAUGUUGACCUUGUUGAUUUCUGGCCCUAAAUCACCGGGGAAAGACAUGGACGUUUUCCUUAGACCGUUAGUGGAUGAGCUUAAGCAAUUGUGGCAGACAGGUGUACGUACUAAAGACGCAGCAACAAACACAUACUUCACAAUGAAGGCGGCGUUGUUAUGGACCAUAAAUGACUUUCCAGCCCGUAGUAGCCUAUCAGGUUGGAGCGGACAAGGCUACAUGGCAUGCCCAACUUGUAACCAAGACACUCCUUCAAUACGUGUAACUGGUAAAUGUGCUUAUGUUGGUCAUCGCCGUUUCUUAGAUGCCAACCAUCCUUGGAGAACAAGUCUCGACUUUAACGGGAGACCCGAGACACGAGACCCUCCGAGACAGUUUAGCCCAGCUGACAUAGAAGCUCAACUAGGUCGUUUAAUUAAUCGUCUACCAGGCAAGCAACCAGAUUUUGGAGGUAGGAGGAUAACCCGGUCAGAUUUCGAGUUGAACUGGUCCAAAAGAAGCAUAUUUUUUGACCUUGAGUAUUGGUCUUCUCUGCAGCUGAAACAUAACUUAGAUGUAAUGCAUAUAGAGAAAAAUGUGUGCGACAGCUUGCUCGGUACUCUUCUGAUGAACGAUAAGAGCAAAGACACGCCAAAUGCGCGGUCCGACUUGGAAAAACUAAACAUUCGGCCGUCACAAUGGCUGAAACAAUCGGGUGAUGGGUUUGGAUCUAAUAUCAGUAAGAGGGUGACAGAUAACAAUGCUAACAUUACCGGGUUGAAAUCUCAUGACUGUCAUAUCCUCAUGCAACGUUUGAUACCGAUUGGGGUUAGAGGGCUUUUGACUAAAGAUACAUCUACACCAAUAGUAGACCUUUGUAUGUUCUUUAAGCAACUUUGCUCUAGAACACUAUCGGUGGAUGAUAUGAAGAAAGCAAAGGAUGACAUUGUUACCAUCUUAUGCAAGUUAGAGAUGAUCUAUCCACCUGCGUUUUUUGACAUUAUGGUUCAUUUACUUGUGCAUUUACCUGAUGAAGCGAUUGCGGGAGGUCCAGUAGCUUUUAGAUGGAUGUAUCCAUUUGAAAGGUACAUGAAAAAACUAAAGAACUAUGUUAAAAACCCGGCAAGGCCUGAAGGUUGUAUAGCUGAAUGUUAUGUGUUUGAAGAAGCUCUAACAUUUUGUUCAAUGUACCUUAAAGAUGUUCAGACUAAGUUCAAUCGCCCAGAUAGAAACGGUGAUGUCGUUGUUGAAAAAAGAAAGUUAUGGGUGUUUGAGUCCAAAUGUAGUUAUGUUGGCGCAAGAAAGGAGAAAUAUCUAUCAUUCAUCGAAAAAAACAAGAUGGAAUGGUUUGUCCUCGAAAACUGCGCAGAAGUUAGGGAGUACAUGAAGUGA